AUGUCCGACAAACCAGAUUUUGCAGAAAUUGAAACAUUUGACAAGACCAAGCUGAAGAAGACAGAAACCAGAGAGAAAAAUCCAUUGCCCACUAAAGAAACUAUCGAACAGGAAAAGCAGAGUGAAAGUACAGCUUGAGCAUAAAAUUGAAGAUGUG